UACGUCAAAAUAAUAUUAUCUGAUAACCAUACAUCUCCUUCUGUUGUGUAGUUUAUACAAAUAUGGGAUAAAUUUAAGGACUACGAUGAAUAAAUCAAAUUCUAGAAAAAAUACAUAGAACUAUUGUACAAAAUGACUGACAAUCCGAAAGAGCAGAAACGGCGUACAUUUUUACGAAUAGAUAAUCGAGAGGGGCGGAGUCGCAUUCGUUUCACGGGCAUGCCGGCGCCGCCGCCGCAGUCGGGGCCCAUGCCGGGCGACAACCAGCCCAAUGUUGCCUUCCAGCGCGUCUCUGUACACGGCAUGCACACCAGUGGCGUCCCUUUGGAAGACCUGGAACGGUCAGCGUUGCUCUUGACGGAGGCCCUGAACUUACGUCGGCAUUACAUGGCGCUGGCUGGGCAAUCGUUCCAGCCUGACCUUGGACACGUACUUGCAACCGUCGACACCAACGCGCCCCGCUACCACGUUUCUAUGAACUUUAGUAAAAUACUCAAGGAAUGGGAUUACGACGCUGCCGAAGCGAGUGUUAAUAAUGAUGAUAACACUGAAGAUUUAUCGUUCCCGUUCAAUGUCCAGUCCCGCAUGGCCCACAAUUGGUCCAACUCAGGAAUGCCAGUGAUCGACGAGAUGGAAAAUGAAGAAAACCUCAAGUCUCCUGAACACAGCAGAUCCAGCGAGAGCCAUGAAAAAGUACCCACGGAAGAGGAUAUGGAUUCAUGGGCGUGCUUCACACCUGCCGACAAGCAUUACGUGUUCCGUUGGUGCGAAGGUGUGGUGCAAGUGUUUCGCAACGAGAAGGACGCGGAGCUUUUACAGCCGCUGCCCUACGAGUGCGUCUCCUUCUCUAAGUAUGUAGAAGACAUGGCUAAGCUCAGCAGGAUGAUUACAGAUGGCCCUCUGUCAUCGUUCUGUUUCCGGCGCCUAAGCUACCUGUUCUCCAAGUUCAAAAUGCACGUGUUGCUCAACGAAAUUCACGAGUUGGCGCUACAGAAGGCCGUGCCCCACAGGGACUUCUACAAUAUUAGGAAAGUGGACACUCAUAUCCACGCGGCGUCAUGCAUGAACCAGAAACACUUGUUGCGUUUUAUGAAGCGCGCGCUACGACAGCGGCCGGCAGAGUUAGUGUCGAAGUCUGGCACGAGCACUCUUAAGUCAGUUUUCGAAGAUUUGCGCCUCAACGCGCACGACCUUAACGUCGAUCUGCUAGACGUCCACGCGGACCGCAAUACGUUCCACCGCUUCGACAAGUUCAAUGCCAAGUAUAACCCGAUAGGUCAGAGCAGGCUGCGCGAAGUCUUUCUCAAGACUGACAACCAUAUAAACGGCUUGUAUUUCGCUAGCAUAAUAAAGGAGGUCAUAGGCGAGCUGUCGGAGAACAAGUACACGUACGCUGAGCCCCGGCUGUCGAUCUACUGCAAGAAGAUAGACGAGUGGGCGCGGCUCGCAUCGUGGGCGCUGAGGUACGGCGUGCGCUCGCCGCAUGUGCGCUGGCUGGUGCAGGUGCCGCGUCUAUACGACAUCUACCGUAACAAGAAACUUCUAAAGAACUACCAGGAGUUUCUCAGCAACUUGUUCGAGCCGCUGUUCGAGGUGUCCAUCAACCCCAGCUCCAACCUUGAGCUGCACCAGUUUCUCACGCAAGUGAUAGGUUUCGACAGCGUGGACGACGAGUCGAAGCCGGAAAACCCUCAUCCACAGGAGAGCAUGAAGCGGCCUAUGGAGUGGUGCGAAGAGGUGAACCCGCCAUACGCCUACUACCUCUACUAUUUGUACGCCAACAUGACUGUGCUCAACCAUAUACGCAGGGAGCAGGGUUUGAACACUUUUGUGCUGCGUCCUCACUGCGGCGAGGCGGGGCCCGUUGCACAUCUAGCAGCCGCCUUCCUGCUCGCUGAGAACAUCUCACAUGGACUUAUACUUAGGAAGUUCCCAGUUAUGCAGUACCUGUACUACUUAGCUCAGAUCGCGAUCGCGAUGUCUCCUCUCAGCAACAACUCCCUCUUCCUCCGUUACCAUCGCAACCCGCUGCCCGAGUUCUUCGCGCGCGGGCUGCCAGUCACGCUCAGCACUGAUGACCCUUUACAGUUCCAUUUCACAAAAGAGCCGCUCAUCGAGGAGUACAGCAUCGCAGCGCAGGCGUGGAAGCUGAGCUCCUGUGAUAUGUGUGAGCUUGCGAGGAACUCCGUUCUUAUGUCCGGCUUUCCGCACGAGAUGAAGCAGCGCUGGGUGGGCGACCAGUACCAGCGGUCGGGUGCGGCGGGCAACGACAUCACGCGCACCAACGUGCCCAACGUGCGCGUCGCCUACAGACAUGAGACGCUGCUCGACGAGCUACGCAACUUGUUCGGUGAAAUGGCUAUGAAAUAAAAAAUGUCUGAUUGAUAAUAAAU